AUGGAACCAACUGAAGUCAACAGCGGAAUUUCCAAAGGAUGGCAAGCAUUCCAAAUAAUCUUUUGGACAUUGCUGAGUUUGGUGACUUUCAUUGGAAACGGUUUAGUGUUGACCUGUAUUUUGAUCAAGAAGCGGCGCAAUUCGUCCACCUACAAAUUUUACGCCAGCCUUGCACUGGGCGAUCUCAUAGUAGGUUGGUAUGUCUUGUAGCUAGAGAAAACAGAAAAGACUAGGCAGCUUUCUUAGGAGGCUUGAGUAAAAAAUUAAAUACAGGUCACUCUGUAGCAGUAAACAGUAAAUAUUUAAUGAUUAUUGCAAAGAAACCUUAUACUGGCUCAUCAUGUCAAACUUUCAAUCUGCUCCCGCUGCAAACCACAUAGAUGUUUUGUCGAGACAUUUCGUGCGAUCGUAUCCCUGCAUAUAUUAACAUUCAUUCUUAAGGUUAGUUCACUUAUUUCUUGCUCGAAACGUGUUUCGGCGCCAGUCGUUUGAGAGCCAUCGACUUUGCAUAGUCUACACACUGGGGGCGGCUGUUAACAUGCAGGUAACAUGUAAUCAAAUAUACAGGUCGAAGUUUUAACCUGUGUGUUACCAUAUGUUUCACGACCUCGGCUGUUGUUUCUCGAGCGUUUAUAAUAUCAAUAUAAUUUCACGCCUAUUGAACAAUGCAGACAAUAAGAUUGUGCAAUAUUUUUGUUUCCUCAAUUUUAACCGACAAACUCGCUAGAGCAUCGACGGAAAAUCACUCUUUUUAUAAGCGACCACAAUCACCUAUUUUCACCUAGGGCUCUCCGCGUUCCUUUUGUUGUAGCCUGACGGAGCCUGGUCCCUUGCUCCUUUUGAUGUGUGUUUAUAUUGACCUACAGGCGGACUAGUCUUUCUCUGCCUAAUUCAUUUUGAUAUAAAAAAAGAGUCGUUCAUAAGCAUAUUAAAACCCGAGACUUCGAAUGCACAAGAUGCCUAAAUUGUUGCCGGCUAUGUGUGGGUGUAUAAUUAAAAGAACUUUAUUUUAAUUUUUCCUAUCAGCGUACACUAUCAAUACAUGUGGAUCAUGUCCGGAUAACAUGUAUAUUUAUGUACACAGAACCUAAUGAGCCGGAAAAUAACCUCUCGACACGUUGACAACAUGAAGUUCCAAUCUUUUAUUUAGUUCGCGGGCAAAACCCUGUGGUGUGACUCUUCCAACGCCACAAAACCCUCUCAGUCGCCGAUUUUUCGUGCAUUUUUCUGCAUUUACGAAAUUGAAUUUGGGACUUUACUUUACACAACCCUACACCGUAUUCACAAGUGGCGGACAAGCGGGAAAAAACUGGUGCCUAGUCAUGAAAGCGAGGCAUUGGAGGAUAAACAAAAGACUUUCAGUGAACUUGUACUACAUCCGAUUUUUUAGUUUAUUUUUUACUUAUUUUUCCUUUUUGGUGUUUCUAGUCCAGAAGUACUCCUGAAAAAGAGGUUUCUCUGUGUUUUCAACUCGAUUGUAAUUCAUGCACGCUUGGAAACACAGCUGACCCUGUCGACUAAUUAUUAACAACGAAAAUCAGUUCCCUGGUUAGAAAACCGGAGAUUUAAAUUUGACUUGAGUCUUUAUUUGACUCUGAAUAAGAGAGGCCAGUCCUUUCAAUGAAAAGUUAGUUUGUUAAAUUAUAUUUUCAUCCACUGGCUAAAAUAUAUAACAGCAUUGCCUUUUUAUCGCUUCUAGUCAGUUUAUACAUCAUUCAGUAGAUCCUUCAUCAUUAUCAUCAUCAUCAUUAUCAUCGUCGUCGUCAUCAUCAUUAGGGACUUUAAGAUCCAACGACGAGACGGCGACAAAGAACGUCGCUCAAAAGGUGAAUUUGCGAUCUUUCAGUCUUUACAGCGAUUAUUCCUAACCGCGUACUUCGUCAAAUCUAGGCGAACCCUCCUGAAGCUGAAUUUCAAGGGACCAUAUUCAAAAAAAUUUCAUCGUUGCUUGUUUACGUCUUCUAUAAAACGCGAAAUUAGGCAUUUUCACGUUGUAGUCGUGCAAAAACGAGAAAGAAAUGUACAAAAAAGUGUGAUGCACGUGCGAAGUUGUUGCUUUGUUUAUUUUAAUAAACAAAACAACGUUCUCGUUGUCGUCCGCGUCGUUGGAUCUUAAAGUCCCUAUUGUCAUCACCACCGUCAUCUUCACCUCAUCAUCAUCAUCAUCAUCAUCAUCAUCAUCGUCAUCAUCAUCAUCAUCAUCAUCAUCAUCGUUGUCAUGGACCAGCGCACUAUCCUCGUUUUUUCUAGUUCUUCCUUUACUCUCUACUAAUACGCUAAUGAUCGCACAAAAGGAAGAAGCUUGUCUUAUUUUGCGACUUGAAAUCCCAUAAAAAGACUGUUAGUCUUUUCGACUUGGUAACUUCUUAAUCUUUUGAUGUCUUUUUUUCCCCAUACAGGUUUAUUUUGUGCCCCAGUCCUCCUGGUCGCGGCUUGCAGGCAGCAAUGGACUAUGGGAGAGCCAUUAUGUUACGCAUACUCUACAGCAAUAUCAAUAUCUCUUAACGUCUCCAUAAUGACUUUGUUUCUGAUCAGUUUGGAUCGCUUAAACGCCGUCUCAAAGCCUUUUCAUUACCGAGCGAAAGAAACUUUCACCCAGAAGUGGACUAAAUGGUUAAUCCUCUUUGCUUGGGUCCACUCUGUGUUCUGGGCCGCAGCGCCUCUGGUUGGCUGGGGAGAGAUCAUUGAAGACCCCAUCACUAACUCUUGCAAACCUAACUGGGCUGCUAAAGGCCUAACAAACACUUUGUACACCAUGGGCUUAGCAGGUUUCGCAUUCGCUAUCCCGGUAGUAUCUAUGAUAGUGGUAUACGGUAUCAUCUACUAUCGCUCCAAAGUUAGCAGUCGUUUCAUGAAAGAUCGUUCUCAAAACGCGGUUUCUGAUGAUGCAGUGCGUCAAAAACAACAGAGUGCAAUUUUACGGACGGUGUUAGUUGUGGUUGGGAUGUUUGCAGUGUGUUGGUUACCCUACACCAUCGCCACAACGUUUAAACUGUUCUUUCGCAAAGCGCCGCCGUCUUGGUUAGUUCAUUUUGGAUUGAUGAUGGCGUCUGCUAACAGUUUUGUAAAUCCUGUCAUUUAUUCUGCAUUCGAUAAGAGCAUGAGAGACGAGUUCAAGAGAAUUUGCAAACUCUGCAACAGAAAAGGAGAUGAUCUGUACGACGCUAGGAGCCGACGAACAAGCUCAAACUUGGCCACAUAUAACACCACUGUAACAAGAAUAAGCAACGAAGCAGUCAAUAAGAUUCUUAAGGAAGGCAAAUUUACUGAAAGCCCGCCGUUGUCGAGAAAAGAUACAAUGAAUAAUGACAAAAUGGUUACUGAUAUGUACGUGGAUAACAUCGUCCAGAAAAUGGAAAAAUCUGGGAGGGAAACAUGGGUUUGA